AUAGGUGAACCCCUGAGGAUUGUGCUGAUUGGAAAGACUGGAGUGGGGAAGAGUGCUGUGGGGAACACCAUUCUGGGGAGACAAGAGUUUCUCUCACAGCCUUCUGCUUAUUCUGUCACAAAAUCUUGUACCAGAAAGAGUAUAGUUAGUCCCAGACAGAUUGAGGUGAUUGAUACACCUGGUUUUAUAGACACUGAAAGAGAUCCAGAUGAUGAUAAAGAUGAGAUAGUGAAGUGCAUUAAAUACUCAUGUCCAGGGCCCCACGUAUUCCUGCUGGUGAUUCAGGUGGGCCGCUUCACUACGGAGGAGCAGAAUGCAGUCAGGGCCUUACAGGAGCUCUUUGGGGAAAAGGCUGCAGACUACAUGAUGGUGCUGUUCACUCGUGGUGAUGAACUUGGGGGUAAGACUAUCGGUGACUAUGUGCGCAAUGGUCACCCCAAACUGAGGGAAGUGAUACAGAGCUGUGGUGGACGAUAUCAUGCAUUUAACAACCACAGCAGUAACCGCACUCAGGUUGUUUGUUUGGUGAAGAAAAUAGAUGAGAUGGUGAAAGCAAAUGGGGGAGGUCACUUCACUGAGGAGAUGUAUGAAGAGACACAGAGGGUCAUGACAGAAAGAAACCUCUCCUGGAACUCACCUGAGAUAGACAGGUAUCUUACUUUCUCAUCUCUUCUGUUGACGAGGGUGGAAGUCUUUCAAAAGAUUCUUUAUGAGCCACAGAGGGACAUGAGACAAAGAAAGGAAUCCAGGAGAUCACUUGAGGCAGGCAGACCUCGGUUCAAAUAA